AUGGCUACAAGUAUGCUCUCAAGCACAAUUGUUCUUGAGGUUCUUAGAAAUGACAAUUACGCGAAUUGGAGUGCUUGCAUUAAAAACUAUCUCUUGGCUCAAGAUCUUUGGGAUAUUUUCGAAACAACCACAAAACCUCCAAAACCAAAAGAUGAUGCAGUAGAAUUCAGAGCUUGGAGGAAGAAGAAUGCUGCAGCUUUGCAUGCAAUUCAGAUUUCAUGUGGGGUGGAAAUACAAUCUCAGAUCAAUAAUAUCAGUUCUGCUAAAACUGUUUGGGAUUUGUUGCCUAAAUUAGUGCACCAACCACCAUCGAAAGAAGCUAGUUAUGAUCCAGUGGCUGAGCAGGGAAACUCAUUGAAUAUCCCAUCCAGUAAUGUUCACGAGGAUGGAUCAAUGAUUGCACCUGAUCAAAAGGUUGAACCAGGAAGCUCCUCAAACAACCCAGGGAGGCAAAACAUAAUUAAUACUUGUAACGCGGACUACUAUAUGGGGUAUGCGCGACUACACAAGGCUUUGCAAAGUGGUGAUUGGAAUUCUGCCAAAGAAUUCCUCAAACUACAACCCAAUUCAAAGAGCGCAAAAAUUACUACUUUGGGCAAGACUGCUCUUCACGUGUCUGUUGAGGCGGGACAUGUCCAUAUAGUGGAAGCGUUGGUGGAGCAAAUGUCGGAAGAUUAA